CUCACCUUCAACUUCGCCUCCAGUCACUCCGCGCCAUUUCUCCUCCUCUUUCUCCUCAGCUCUCUCCAAAACCUAGAUUUCCAUCUGCAUUCCCCAUCUCCUCCCAAAUCUCAGCCCUAGAUUCCCCUCCAUCAUCAAAUCCAACCGUCAAUCACCGGCCAAUCUCCACCGGCUGAUCAUCAAUUCCAUCUCCAUUUCGGCCUCUCCGGUCAAAACUCCCACAUUUUCCAUGAAUUCAACCACACCGGCUGCAUUGCUAUGGUCGAGUCUCUAGAAUUCUCGAUUUCGGUAGCGUUCGGAGAUCGAGAUGAGAAAUGCGUCUCUUCUUGUUGUUGUUUUUGUUCUCUUCGUUUUGUCGAGCUUUACACCGUUUAUUUGGUGUCAAGACAUUGGCGAUGACUACAAUGAGAGUGAUAAUCCGGAGGUCGUCCCUCUCUUUACGCAGCUUAUAUACAACCGGAUUUCAAAUCUCACUAGUAUACUCUCUCCGGAAAUUGUCAAGCAUCUUGAUUUCUGUAUAAAGGACUUGGACGCGGAUUGGAAUGGAGCAUUCAAUUUCUCGGCGGAUUUGGGAUUCUUAGCAAAUUGCGUUCGGAAAACAAAUGGAGAUGUCACGCAACGGAUCUGUACAGCAGCAGAAAUAAAGUUCUACUUCAAUAGCUUCGUUGAAAAUGGGGGAAAGAGUGUCAACUACUUGAAGCCUAACAAGAACUGUAAUUUGACUUCAUGGGUUUCUGGUUGUGAGCCAGGAUGGUCUUGUAGUUCUGGCCCAGAUCAAAAGGUUGAUCUCCGUAACUCCAAGAAUAUGCCUACCAGAACUUAUGAUUGUCAACCUUGUUGUGCGGGAUUUUUCUGCCCACAUGGUCUUACUUGCAUGAUACCAUGUCCCCUUGGAGCACAUUGCCCGCUUGCAAAAUUCAAUAAAACUACUGCCGCUUGUGAUCCAUACAAUUACCAGCUACCUCCAGGAAAGCCAAACCAUACGUGCGGUGGAGCAGAUAUUUGGGCUGAUGUUUUGAGUAGUAACGAAGUAUUCUGCUCAGCUGGAUCAUAUUGUCCAACAACUACCCAGAAAAUUCCUUGCAGUAGUGGACAUUAUUGCAGGAUGGGAUCCACGACUGAAAAAAGGUGCUUCAAGUUGACUACUUGUGAAUCAAAUACCGCAAAUCAAAAUAUCCAUGCAUAUGGUAUCAUGCUUAUUGCUGCAUUAAGUACUUUACUACUGAUUAUCUAUAACUGUUCCGACCAAGUUCUUACUACUCGGGAAAGACGACAAGCAAAAUCCAGGGAAGCUGCGGCAAGGAGUGCACGAGAAACUGCACAAGCACGUGAAAGGUGGAAAGCGGCAAAAGAUACUGCUAAGAAGCAUGCAAUUGGACUGCAAACACAACUAUCUCGUACAUUUUCUCGCAAAAAAUCUGUAAGGAAACCAGAGCAAAUGAAGGUUCUGGGUCAAGGGAAGCCUGGAUCAGGUGAUGCUUUAUUACCGCCAAUGCCUUCAAAUUCAUCUCCAUCUCCAUCAUCUGCAGCAAAGAAGAAGGAACCAAGUGACCUUACAAAGAUGAUGCGUCAACUUGAGGAGGAUCCUGACAGCAAUGAAGGGUUUCAUAUGGAAAUUGGAGAUAAGAACAUAAAAAAGAAUAUGCCGAAGGGUAGACAAAUGCAUACUCGUAGCCAAAUCUUCAAGUACGCAUAUGGUCAAAUUGAGAAAGAGAAAGCUCAACAGCAGCAGAACAAGAACUUGACAUUUUCAGGAGUAAUUUCAAUGGCCACUGAGACUGAGAUCAGGACUAGGCCUAUCAUUGAGGUUGCUUUCAAAGAUCUAACCCUCACUUUGAAAGGAAAAAACAAGCAUCUGUUAAGGUGUGUGACGGGGAAAAUUAUGCCUGGUCGUGUCUCUGCUGUCAUGGGUCCAUCAGGAGCUGGAAAAACAACAUUUCUUAGUGCUCUGGCUGGAAAAGUGAGUGGAUGUGCAAUGAGUGGUUUGAUUCUUAUAAACGGAAAGAUAGAAUCUAUCCAUUCAUACAAGAAGAUCAUAGGUUUUGUGCCACAAGAUGAUAUUGUUCAUGGGAAUUUGACUGUUGAGGAGAAUCUUUGGUUCAGUGCAAGAUGCAGACUUUCUGCUGACUUGCCAAAAGCGGAUAAAGUUCUAGUUGUUGAAAGAGUUAUUGAGUCUUUGGGACUACAGGCAGUACGUGAUUCCUUGGUUGGAACAGUAGAGAAGCGGGGAAUCUCUGGAGGGCAGAGGAAACGAGUAAAUGUUGGGCUUGAAAUGGUUAUGGAACCUUCACUGUUGAUUUUAGAUGAACCUACAUCUGGUUUGGACAGUUCUUCAUCUCUGUUGCUUCUUAGAGCUCUCCGACGUGAGGCUCUUGAAGGAGUAAACAUCUGCAUGGUGGUUCACCAGCCCAGCUAUGCCUUGUACAAGAUGUUUGACGAUUUGAUACUUCUAGCCAAAGGUGGUCUUACUGUAUAUCAUGGGCCGGUAAAGAAAGUCGAAGAAUACUUUACAAGCCUUGGGAUCACUGUCCCCGAUCGUGUUAAUCCUCCAGAUCACUACAUUGACAUUUUGGAGGGUAUAGUGAAGCCAAGCUCAAGUGCAAGUGUGAAUUAUAAACAGCUGCCCAUCAGAUGGAUGCUUUAUAACGGGUAUCAAAUACCCCCAGAAAUGCAACAAAAUGCUGCGGGUAUCGAUAUAAAGGGCACAAAUGAAUCAAAUCUUGAUGCUGUUGACUCUGACGGACAAUCUUUUGCUGGAGGACUGUGGCAGGAUGUCAAGUGUAAUGUUGAGAUUAAGCGGGACAAUAUACAGCAUAAUUUCUUAAUUGCCAGCAACUUAUCAAAACGUAAAACUCCUGGUGUUUUUAAGCAGUACAAAUACUUUCUUGGAAGGGUUGGCAAGCAGCGUCUAAGAGAAGCUAGAAUACAAGCAGUGGAUUAUCUAAUCUUGUUACUUGCUGGAGCCUGCUUGGGAACACUUGCUAAAGUUAGUGAUGAAACCUUUGGUGCACUUGGUUACACGUAUACCGUCAUUGCAGUCUCUCUCUUAUGCAAGAUUGCUUCUUUGAGAUCAUUUUCACUUGACAAGUUACACUACUGGAGAGAGAGUGCUUCAGGCAUGAGCAGCCUGGCAUAUUUUCUAUCAAAGGAUACAAUUGACCAUUUCAACACACUCAUCAAGCCUGUGGUCUAUCUUUCUAUGUUCUAUUUCUUCAACAAUCCAAGGUCCUCUUUUACAGAUAAUUAUAUUAUAUUGGUCUGUCUGGUGUACUGUGUGACUGGUAUCGCCUAUGCAUUAGCCAUCUUUCUAGAACCUGGUUCGGCCCAACUGUGGUCUGUGCUUCUUCCAGUCGUUUUGACUCUCAUAGCGACGCAGCAUGAUGGAAAAAUUGUCAAGGGUGUGGCCACGUUAUGCUUCACGAAGUAUGCUUUGGAAGCUUUUGUGAUUGCAAAUGCUGAAAGGUAUUCUGGAGUGUGGCUGGUAACUCGCUGUGCCUCACUUAUGAGCAGUGAGUACGAUCUUCAUGACUGGAGCCUUUGUAUAUUCGUCCUCAUCACUUACGGUAUAGUUUUCCGCAUCAUUGCCUUCUUUUGUAUGGUAACCUUCCAAAAGAAGUGAUUCCAAACUAUAGUGUUCUUUUGCCUUCUUUUUUGUUUUCUUCUUUUCCUCUCUCCUGUACAAUACCCAAAAAAAAACAAAAAAAAACAAAAAAACAAAAAAAAACAAAAAAACAAAAAACGAAAAACAAAAAAACCCAGGUCUGAUAUGUUUGUAAGAUAGAGACUGUUCAAUUCAUCUGAGGCUGGGCCUUUGAAAAUGUAUGAGAUUUCCCUGCUUCAAUAGGAAGGUGCCCCUUCAAAAUGACGGGGCAAAGUAUGUAAAUCAAGUUAUCUUCAGGA